AUGCCGUACCUUCUUGUUAGCACCGUGAUAAGACUAGGAUCGGGUCCAACUAUGAUUGGAGAUGUUGACACAACAACGGAGGAGAUUGCAUCUGCUGUUGACGCUGAAUUGAAACAAGAGCUCGGCCAUGCAGUUCCCGAGUGGACCUCACCUCAUCCACCCGGAAAGGUUCUAAAUAUUUUAGAGAAACUGGGUUGGCAUGUUCAGUCCACGGCUGGCGUUGGACAGACGCUUGUAUGGACUCUUUACAAAGAA